UAUCAUUUCACAAGUCGUUAUCUCUCUCUGAAGUGACCAUGGCCGAAAAUUCUGCUCUCAGUCCAAAUCAAAACUUAGAAAAUGAUGAUUCUGUGCCGAUUGAUUUAACUAAAGAUUCUAAUGAUAAUAGUAGUGAAACUGAUAAUGUGAUAAACAGACGAAAACGAAAGCCGAAAAAGUUCGAAAAUUUAUCUGACAUUGACAUUGAAGAAAGGAGGAAUACUGCAAACGUCCAGGAAAGAAAACGUAUGAAAAAGUUAUCGAAAGCUCUUGAAGAUCUCCGAAAGUGUAUACCGGCCGAAUAUCACCUAACCAACCGAAAAAUGUCUAAAAUUCGGACUCUUAAAUUAGCUGUUAAUUACAUUGCUUCUUUAACAGAUAUAAUUGACAGAGACAAUUUGUUAAAACAACAAGCCUUCCACCUUGAAAGUCAGAUGAUACAAUCAACAUAUUCUUAUUUGAUGCCUUCGCCCAUAGUUCAACAAGGGAACAUUUCCACCGUGCAGCAGUCAGGGUUUUCGCCGUAUCACACGCCUUGUAUUAGUUCCGAACACAACAGACUACCAAAACGACACUUAAAUUUCUCUCCUUUUUGUGGAACACCAAUUCCGUCGAUGAUUUCGCAGGGAAGACAGUUAACAUAUCAGACUCCGGUGAAAUCAGAACCAACUCCGUAUAGGAUUCCGGAAAUGAUCGAAAGACGGCGUACAAGUACCUUUUCGUCUCCGUCAUUUAUUGGUGAUCUUAGAAAUAUGAAUGAAGUAAAUACAAGUUUUCUAAGCCCAAUGACAGACGAUAGUGAUGUGGGGUCUGGACCUUCACGUUUAACCGAUACAAAACAGUAUGCAUACACUUUAGAUGGAAUCAGUCCACUUCCAGAAGAGGAAAAAUUCAGAGGAACUGACUGUGUGUUUGAUCCAAGACGGAGAAUCAAGAAAAUAGAAUGACGGAUUAGAUAUACAGUUCAGAUUGUGACCAGUUCAAUGCGAGGCUCAAUCUAGUGCUACAGAAUAGCCAGACGACUUCAGAUCAAAACAUUUAUACAACACAGUAUACAGUUUGUGGCAAGUUCAAUGCGAGGUUCAAUGUAGUGCUACAGAAUAGCCAGACGACUUCAGAUCAAAACAUUUAUACAACACAGUAUACAGAUUGUGGCAAGUUCAAUGCGAGGUUCAAUGUAGUGCUACAGAAUAGCCAGACGACUUCAGAUCAAAACAUUUAUACAACACAGUAUACAGAUUGUGGCAAGUUCAAUGCGAGGUUCAAUGUAGUGCUAUAGAAUAGCCAGACGACUUCAGAUCAAAACAUUUAUACAACACAGUAUACAGAUUGUGGCAAGUUCACUGCGAGGUUCAAUGCAGUGCUACAGAACA